AGAAGUAUUAAAAACACCUAUUUAACAAACCGGUCAUGUUCCCGGUGUUUAAUUUUGAAGGCAGCAGUCGCGUUCUUCCGGUGUUUCCGGGCUUGACUCGGCGAGGCGGCACCAAGCAACACUUCACACUCGCUCUCCUCCCAGCAGCUAGAGUCGACUCAGGGGACCGGUGAAGGGGCGGCAGGAGUGAACCGGUGCACCCCGAUGAGACGCCACCUCCACCGGGUUUGGAGUGGACCAAUCCCCGCAGGGAGAAGAGCAUGGAGUGUUCGAAAAGGCUUGAUCAAGUGAAAUUACUCCGAGAACAAUGGUAGCAGCUUGAAGAGACCACCUUGUGCAAGGUAGCAUUGCAGCCGCAUGCAUCAUCCCGGCCAGAGAUCUCCAGACGUUCCCUGAAUCAUCUCCAUGCAGGAAGAGGGUGUCAUGAGGGGCUAGCUGUGGGAGCACAUGAGUCACUUCGGAGGGAUGGAUGAUGUAACGGCGUCUGUGUCACAGUCUUCCAACAGACUAUGGCGCUAAGUGGACCAACAGAGUGGGAAAAAAGUGCAUUCUUGCUGCCUCUUUUAUUGACUUUCCCAAAGAACGUAACCAAGUCAGCAGAGGGUGGUUUAUAAUGACCUCACACUGAUAAGUGGCACGGCAAUGGAACUUAAUCGCAUAUGGACUCUUAUCGCUGUGGCCGGAGUGUGUGAGGUUACAUGAGUUUUGUAUUUCAAUCCGAGAGGUGACUUUUAAUGCAAGACGCAACCAUGUUGCGGCGUGGACUACUCGCCUGGGUGUCUCGUGUAGGGGGAGUGCUCGUGCUCCUCUGCUGCUCCUUGUCGCUCCUCUAUGCGAUGACCUGCCGUCCCUUGCACUCAGAUGACCCUCAGCGGAGUCACGCCUUACCCCACGCCAGCCCGAACCAGCUGGGAGGUACAAGGCCCGCGGUUAGAGCAGGAGUUGCAGGCACAGGACGAGUUGGCUCCGCGCAAAGCGGGGGACCCCCUGCGGUCCAGUCCUACCAAGCACUCCUGCAAGAACGCGAGGAGCAAUAUCGCCUCCAUAUCUCUUCCCUAAAGAAGCAGAUUGCUCAGCUGAAAGAGGCUUUGCAGGAGCGCAGCCAGCAGAUAAGAGGUGUUCAAGAUAGUUUGAAAAGGGCCGCGGGGUCCCCAGAGGGGCACGGUAUUCAAGGAGGUGGUCUUGGAGAUGCUCAGGGGGCCAAAAGUCAGCAAACGGACCUCCAGGACUUUCUCAAAAGCCAGCUUUCCAAAGCCGAAGUGACGACAGGAGCCAGGUUUCCAAGCGAGUACUCGGCGGUCCCCUUUGAGAGCUUCACGCUGCAAUGGGUCUACCAGCUGGAGAUGGGGCUAAGUCGUGAGCCCAAGGAGAAGCCUGUGAGGAAGGACAAGAGAAACGAGCUGGGAGAGGUGCUGGAGACGGCUCUGCACAGCCUCAACGCUCCAUUGGCUCAGCAGGACGGCAAAAGUAGCAAAGUCUAUGUGCCGUCUGACUUCAUUGAAGGCAUCACGCGCAUAGAGAAGGACAAAGGCACACUGUAUGAACUGACCUUCCGAGGGGACUACAGUCACGAAUUCCGACGCAUGGUCCUCUUCCGGCCCUUUGGACCGCUGAUGAAGGUGAAAAACGAGAGGGUGGACACGGGCCACGUGGUUGUCAACAUCGUCGUGCCGCUGUAUCGCCGCACUGACAAGUUCAAGCGGUUCAUGCACCAUUUCAGGGAAGUCUGUAUACGCCAGGAUGGCCGAGUCCAUCUUACAGUGGUGUAUUUCGGGAAAGAGCAGAUGAACGAAGUCCGCAGCAUUCUGGAAAACACGGCGAGGGAGGCCAACUUCAAAAACUACACCCUCCUGCAGCUGGACGAGGAGUUUUCCAGAGGCCGGGGUCUGAACGUCGGGGCACAAGCAUGGAAGGGCGGCAAUGUGUUGCUCUUCUUCUGCGACGUGGACGUCUACUUCACCGCCGACUUCCUGACUUCCUGCAGGCUCAACGCUCAGUCCGGUAAAAAGGUGUUCUACCCGGUCUUGUUCAGCCAGUACAACCCCAAACUGAUCUACGGCAGCCCGGAGCACAUCCCACCAGUGGAGCAACAGCUGGUGAUGAAGCAACACACGGGCUUCUGGAGGGAUUUCGGCUUCGGCAUGACCUGCCAGUAUAGGUCGGACUUCAUCAACAUAGGUGGUUUUGACGUUAACAUCAAAGGCUGGGGAGGCGAGGACGUCAACCUGUACAGGAAGUACUUGCACAGUGACCUGCUGGUCGUGAGAGCGCCUUCGCGAGGCCUCUUCCACCUGUGGCACGAGAAGCAAUGCGCCGACGAGCUGCCGCCGGAUCAAUACCGCAUGUGCAUGCAGUCCAAGGCCCUGAACGAGGCCUCGCACGGCCAGCUCGGGAUGCUGCUGUUCAAGCACGAGAUGGACGCUCACCUUCGCAAGGAGAAACAAGCUCGGCUCAAGAAGACCUGAAAGGCUCCAUAGAAGACAUUUCCCCAAACGACCGCUUUUUGUCCACAGAAGGAAUCUCAGGAGUGUAAAACGACUCAAACACAGGACCGCUUUUUCCCGAGAGGCAAUAAACUACACAUCAGGAGCAACAUUUCGGGGCGUUUACUGCUGUACAAAGAUCAGGACUGUCCUGUCUUUUUAAACCGGGUGCCUUUUCCACACAGUCUCUUCACAACCAUAAGCCGGACUUGAAGAUCGCUUUCAUACGUGAGGAAGUACCACCACCUCGUGGGCUAAAAGUGAACAAACAAUGAAGGAUAUCUUCUAAAGCCUUGUAAAGGUUUUUUGUUUUUUAGGGACAACUUAAUACUUAUGUCAUUAUUUCUCUAUAGCAGGGGUGUCAAACUCAUUUCGCAUCGUGGGCCACAUACGGCCUAGGGAGAUGUCAAGUGGGCCGGACCAUUAAAAUUAUACCAUACUCUGCUAUAAAUAACCAAAAUAUCAUGUCUUUCCUUUGUUUUGGUGUAAAGAAGCACAAGAACAUUAGGAAAAUAUUGAAAUUUAAUGAACUAUCCUUUUACAAAACAUUUCAUGAAACACCUCAUAUUUCCUUAGACAAAUGUGCAAUUUACUUUUAUCAUUCACAAAUAUGCAUUGCAACUGAUCCCACUGAUUGUACAAAGGCACAAAACUUUAAUUGGUACCGAAAAAUAUAGUAAUGCACUUUAAGAUGAAAUGAGACUUUUAAAGAAAGGAAUUUUUAAACCACUUACACAUACGCAUAUAAAAUCUAAAUGUAAUCCCUACGUACACCUUACAAACUAAGGAGAGUGAUUUUAAAUGUGUAAUGAAGAAAGUGUUCGCCUGUCCUGUAAAUCUGUAAACUUCAUACAUGAAACAUACAUACACAUACAAUACAUACUGAAAAUUUAUGGAGUUGUAUGAACAGUAGAAUUCCAUCACACAACUUUUGUUUUGAAGCUGCUGACUAACAUUAAAGUGCACAUUUUUUAAAUCGCCACAGUAAGGAUUCAUCUUCACAGAGCUCGGAAUACGGCUUCGAUGCUAAUGCUAUUUCGCUAGCAAUUAGGUAGCUGGCUUUUACCGCUGCUUCACUGACUUCUCGGCUCUGGAUGAAAGUUGACUGCUGUUUCCUCAGACCCGCCAGCAAUUCGUUAAUCUUAUCUCUUCUCAGUUGUCCUUGCAAGCCGUCAUAUUUUUCGCUGUGAUGAGUCUCGUAGUGGCGUCGAAUAUUAUAUUCCUUCAAUACCGAAACUUGUUGCAAACACACCAAGCACGAAGGUUUUCCGUGCAUCUCUGUAAAUAAAUAGGACGUGGUCCAUUUUUCUUUGAAAAUUCUACACUCCUUAUCUACUUUUCUCCGUUUGGAUAACGACAUUUUGGCUAAUGAGGGUGUAGCGGAGAGGUAGAGACCAAGGUAUUAACAACGUCGUAACAAGCAGCAGAUGGCGCAUUGAUACCGUCUGCUGUUUUCAGUCUGUCUCAGUGAUGCGGCUUGUCUUCUACUCUGAUGGAAAGAGUGCGCCCCUUAGCGGAUAAUCCAUGAAUUGCAGCGAAUUUAAAAUAUUAAUUCCAUGUCUUUUAUGCAUUUUUUCCACUUUCAAAUUAUCCUGCGGGCCUGAUCGAACCUCCUUGGGGGCCGGUUCCGGCCCGCGGGCCGUAUGUUUGACACCCCUGCUCUAUAGCAUCCUGUAAAAUAAUUACACUACACGCUUUUCUUAUUCUUAAACAGAAUUUUAAAUAGAGAAAUGUGGAGAUUGUUACAAUGACAUAACCACCUUUUUUCAAAUACUUUAGUUAUUUAAGUUUGUUUGUCACUGAAUUGUGGAUCAAUAAAACAGCAUUGACGUUGACUUAAAGGGAUAAUUCAGGUAUUUCAUGUCUAUUAGGGAAAAAAUUAUGACAAUUUGACAAAAAAAUUAUUAUAUUUCUCACUUACUGAUAUUGAAUUUGUUUUUAAAACAAUGACCAUGUUUAAAAAUACCUGAAUUAUCUUUCCCAUGGUCAGAAUGUACCUUUUGAUAUUAUAUUUUUAGUGUUAUUCCAAACAAUUGUGACAUUUUUUUAAUAUACAGUAUUUACAAUACAUCAGGAUCCCCCGGGAGGAGCUGGACAAAGUGGUUGGGGAGAGGGAUGUCUGGGCUUCCCUGCUUAGGCUGCUGCCCCCGCGACCCGACCUCGGAUAAGCGGAAGAACAUGGAUGGAUGGAUAGUAUUUCUGAGUCAUAUAUUACACUUUUAUGGAUUUAAGGUUUAACCUGACUGCCAGGUUUUUCCACUGAAGUUUUUUUUUAAUUAUGUUCACAAUAUUGGAAUUGUGAAACUGCAAAUACAGCAUGUGAUAUUUUGGCGAGCAAAAAAUAAUUGUCUGUUAUUACCUUUUUUUUUUUUUUUAAACAUACAUUAAUUUCUUUAUGCACUUGUACUUUACUUGUUUCCACCCAUCAGUCACUGAAAAGAUGCUGAACAUUUAGGGGUAUUGUUUGUAUGUUUGUUUAAUAUGGCAAUAGAUAAAUGGCUUGGUCUUGAAAUUUGCACACAUGGUGCUUGACCAAAGAUGUAAAAGAUUUGAAAUGACAUUUUUUCACUCAAUCUAUACAACUUUAAUAAAAUAUGUACUGUUCAGGUAUCUGUUUGUGUGCUUUUAUCAACACUGUGUUGGAUCAACAUACUUUAUAUCCUUAAGCACAUUGGCAUUUUAAUAAAGUUCAUAUUUUAUGAGGGGAAAAAGUCAUUUUUCAACAAAAAAGUCACAAUUUUACAAGGAAACACUAUUAAUACAAACAUGAGUCAUCAUUGCUGUUUUACACUUUUGUGUUCAGUGUUUCUUCCUGUCCAGCGGUUCUAUUUUGGUUCCUCUUCCUGUUUUUGGUCUGAUUUUUUUUUGUGAUUUUACUACUGCUUCUUAACACUGUUUUCCUCACCUGUCCCUGAUUUCCAACCAGGAGGAUAAUCUGCCAGUGUCUAAUGUUUGUGUUGUGCUUUCUUGAGUUUUUUUUUCCUUAACUUGUUUUUGUCACAUGUUUAUUUCCCCAUGAAUUAGCCACUGAUGCUUCCUCAUUUUUUGUACCUAAUAAAAGGACAUUCUACUUCCAGGUCGCCUGC